GUGAAUGCAAAACACGCAACGCAAUGUUUGCGCCAAGAAACUCAUCGCCUCCGCUGCACAUCUACAACAGCGACGAGGUGGCCGCCUAUCAGAUAAAAUUGAAGAAAAUCCUAGGCUUGACAGUCUGUAGCAGUGCUGGACUCGAUGUAUCCUCCACAACCGGCGUGCUUGCAUAUCCAGCAGGAUGUACGGUGGUGUUGUUCAACUCCAAAAAGCUAUCCCAGAACUUCCUGCUCAACACAACGAAGAAGGCCAUCACUGCCGUCGCAUACUCCGAAUGUGGUCGAUAUCUGGCAACGGGUGAGUGUGGUCACAAUCCCUCGAUCAAAGUGUGGGAGCUAGAUGCAUCCGGUGGCAACGGGGGCGGCACGAUCGAGAAUGGAGCCGCCGGUAGCAUCGUGGCCGAAUUCUCCGGCCACAAGUACGCCGUCAGCUGUGUGGCCUUCUCGCCCACGGGCAAGUACCUGGUGUCGGUGGGUUCACAGCACGACAAUAUUGUGAACGUGUUCGAUUGGAAGGCAAACCUGAAGAUUGCGUCGAACAAGGUGACGGCCAAGGUUGUGGCGGUUAGCUUUAGCGAGGAUGGCAACUACUUCGUAACGGUUGGCAACCGGCAUGUGAAGUACUGGUAUCUGGAGGGUAGCCGCAAGUAUAAGGAACCGAUCCCACUGAUGGGACGCAGUGCCAUCCUGGGAGAGCUCCGGAACAAUGACUUCUGUGCGGUGGCAUGCGGUAAAGGCGAGAUGGCCGAGAGUACGUACGCAAUUACGAGGAACGGUCAUCUGGUGGAGUUUAAUGCGCGUCGCUUGCUGGACAAGUGGGUGAUGUGCCGGACGAAUGCCGCCAACUGCAUGGUGGCCAGUACAAAGUACAUUCUCGUCGGUUGUGCCGAAGCCAUCGUGAGGGUAUUUAAUGCCGAAACGCUGGAAUACAUUACUACCCUGCCGAGGACACACUUCUUGGGGGUGGAUGUAGCGCAGGGGGUGCACAUCAACCACAUGAUGGCGGUACCGCCAGGCGCCAAGUAUCCCGACACCAUCGCCAUCGUCUACGACGAAACCCGGUCGAAGGUGACGUGCGUGUACAACGACCACAGUCUGUACAUCUGGGACCUGCGGGAUAUUAGACGGGUGGGCAAGAGCCAAUCGUUCCUGUACCAUUCCGCCUGCAUUUGGGGCGUCGAAACAGUGCCAUUCAGCUACCAGCAGCUCAAACAGAACGCCAACGGUGAUACGUUGCCGUCGGAUUGCUUCAUGACCUGCUCGUCGGACGAUACGAUUCGCGUGUGGGAUGUGGACAGCUGCGACACGAACGAGGUGUAUCGGAAGAACAUCUACAGCAAGGAGCUGCUCAAGGUGCUGUACAUCGACGAUGAGCUGAACUUCAUCAAGGAUACGGACAACCCCAUACACAGUACGGAGAAAAACUCAAGCUACGAUGGGCGGAACGGGGUGCGGUGUAUCAAGAUCAGCUCGGACAGUCGACAGCUCGCGACGGGCGACCGGAGUGGCAACAUUCGAAUCUACAAUCUCAGUAAUCUUAAGCUCAUCACAACGAUCGAAGCGCACGAUUCGGAGGUGUUGUGUCUGGAGUACACGAACGAGAAAAUUGAGCGCCGUUUGCUGGCCAGUGCGAGCCGUGAUCGGUUGAUUCACAUCUUUGAUUGUGAGGCAAACUAUCGCAUUCUACAAACGCUGGACGAUCAUUCGAGCAGUAUCACAUCGGUACGGUUUAUUGGGGCCGGCAAGCAGUUCCAGAUGGUGUCCUGCGGUGCAGAUAAAUCCAUCAUUUUCCGCAACUUCCAGAACAAUGUGUUUCUGCGGGGUAAUAACUGUUCCGGCAAGAAUACACUGUACGAUAUGGAGGUGGACAGUAAUAGCAAGCACAUACUGACGGCGUGCCAGGAUAGGAACAUUCGCGUUUAUAGCACGCAGAAUGCAAAACACACGAAGACAUUCAAAGGAUCUCACUCGGAUGAGGGUAGCUUGAUUAAAGUUAGUCUAGAUUUGAGUGGCAUCUACAUUGCGACGUCUUGUACGGAUAAAACCCUCAGCGUGUAUGACUAUUACUCAAACGAAUGCAUGGCAAGGAUGUAUGGUCACAGUGAGCUCGUAACUGGAUUGAAGUUUACCAACGACUGUAAAUACCUCAUAUCGGCCAGUGGUGAUGGUUGUGUGUUUAUCUGGCAGGUACCACACGAUAUGAUUGUUACGAUGCAGGCACGCUUAUCACAGCAAGCGCUACGAUCGGGCAUUCAACCAAUUCCACGAACGCUUCAACCAACCAACCCGUUCACUGAUGCCAUCCUGAACCAUCCACAACCUACGCCGGUGCCGAAUAGUAACGCAGUAUCAGAAUUUGGAUCGCCUCCUAACAGCGCUUUUCUGGGCGACGAUGCUCCAGGAUAUCGGUUUUCUGACGUUGGUCAGUUACCGCAGUGGGCCAAAAAGAAACCGUCGGAAGAUUUACAGUCCAGUUCACCUGUACUUGGAAGCAGUCCGAGCCAGGGUGGCAGUAAUUUCGGUGGCCUUGCUCCGAAACCCAGAGGACGCUGGGGCCAGAAAGGUGUCGGUGGACAGCUGGAAGAUCCGUUCGAUUUGAGGAAUAUCGUCGAAAGUAGUCCUCUGAGUACAACGUUCAGUGCGGACCAGCGACAACCAACAACACCAACACCACCCCAACCUGUCUCUGGACAUUCGGUGCAUCCACCUGCAACUAACACACCCACGUCCGGGUACAAUAGUAGUGGCUCGAAGGAUGUGUACAGCAAUGCCUACCUCAGUGAGGACAGCUCGAUCGACAGUGGGCGAGAAAAUCGUCGACCAGAUCUGAGCUCCUUCCUGCACAAGAAGAUCACCGAAACGAAGGCUCUGAACAGUUUAAACUCGGAAUCGAACACGGAACACGAUGGAGACGUGGAGGAUAUAUCGGACGGUGAGCGUACAAGCUCGGACCAUGGUAUGGUGUAUUAUCCGUCGGCAGCGCCAUCCACUCCAACUGAUUUCAAGAUCAACGAUGUCGAUACAAACGAGCUGCGUAAAUCGAUCCGGCGGCAGAAGCUAGAAAAGCAAGGCCUUAGUCUAGCGGCCCAAUUCCAGAGUGCCGCGUCAGGCACCGGCACCGGUACGUCAGACGAUGAGGAUGAAGGAUCCACCCCGAGCGGUGAUAAUGCAGACCGAUCGCUUGCAUCGACGCUUGGAGGAAGUUCGGAAAGCAUUCCCCAGCAGGCAUCUUCCACGUUUCUGCAAGCUGUCCUUGAUGGACCGGGCAGUUUAUCCGAUCGGGAAAGAUCACAAGCGAGGAAGAGCAUGAGCGCUAAGCACAACAACGAUGCAAAGAUAACGACCAGCAUAUCGAAAUCGUUUGCCAACAACAAAAAAGAAGAGCUUAUGAAGGUGAUCAACGAGGCAAAGGCGAAGCUGGAGAAUGGGAUAAUGUUUCAUAAUAAGCGUGCAUUAAAUUAUGCUCAAUUAAAGGUCGGCUAUCGGUCGGGUUUACGCGCUAGUCAAAGCAUAUCCGAUUUGAGUCACUCGAUGAACAUGUCCGGGGCAAGUCCAAACCGUACGCAACGGAUAGAAGUAGAUAAUACUUUAAAUUCCAGAGGGUACCCUCCAAUGUCUGGCAUUUCUGGACCCUACGGAGGACCCGCCCCGUACACGAACGCUUCAAACUUUCUUCACAGCGCUGCGCCACGAUCAAAGCUUGCCCAAAACUGUAUGCUUAUGAACCAAAUACAGCAAGAGCUUCCGCCGUACCCUCGGGAUGUUGGAAUAUAUGAACAACCAACCCGACCCGAUAAAUUGGAUCUAGUAGAGCUUCCUCCAGUGCCAGCGGAUAAAUUACGAAAGCAUCCAGGAAUUUUGAAGAACUAUAAAUCCUGCCCUGUAUCGCCGGUGCACGAAGAACAGGAAUGGUCCAGUCCUUCGAACCACGAUGAAUCAUCUCACAAUCAGCAAAAGUUGCACGAUCGCACAGGAAGACACGGACAGAUCCGACACUCGAUGUACUACGAAGAUGCCAAAACGAUUCUGAGCAUGAUCCAUUCUGAUACCGAGAAGAUGAUUCGCGAAAUCACGAGCAAGUACGGUGAUCUGGAUGAUAUCAAACCGACUGCGAAGACGAAAGACGAAGAAGAUAAAGAAAAGCCGUCCGCCGCUUCCAAAGAAACCGAUCCAAAAGCUUCCGCUUCGCAAGACACUCACCACGAGCAUGGGUUCCUAUCGGAAGAUGAACCCAACUUUAGUUCCGACUCGUUGGAAGACUGUAGUCUCGAUUUGGACCUGGAGCGUCACGGACAAUCCGUUCCGGCGAGGAAAAAACACUGUGCCAAACAUCAUCCGGCCAAGAAAAUGCCACUCUCACUGCCAAAACGGUCCGUAUCCGAUUACUUUAUCUACGAUCAACCACUGCAAGCUGCUCCGUAUGAGGUUCCUUACCGAAAUGUUUCGCUUUCGGACAUUCUGGACGAUGAGGAAGCAAUCCGACAGGCAGAGCAUCGCUUUCUCGAAACACAGCGCCAUUCGAGUGCAAGCUUCUUCCUUGGCCAGCAGUACCCCACGCGAAAGAGUCAGGAAAGCAUCCUUUCGGAUGAGUAUGGAAGUGGCGGAGUUAGUUUCUGUAACAGCAUGGAAAGCAUCCUGUCGGAUGAUUCCGAGUGCAAGAGUGCUCCGUUGGAGGUGUUGUUUGGGCGCAUUCGGCGUGAUCAUCUUGGUCAGGUUACGCAUGGACAUGGUGGGCGAAAUCCUUCCAAUUUCGAGUACAAGCUGGAAGGUCUUGGUUGUGCUACUUCAAAAUCUUACGGCUCGAGUCCUAAUGCUGGCAGUGGGUUUGAUUACUAUAUGCAGGGAAAUUAUUUCCAUGCAACUGCUACCGAUGCCAGUUACUUCGGUAUGGUGCACGAUAGCUUGGAGUACGGUGGUGGGCAGGAGCGUCGUAGCGGAACGGUUCGCCAAGGAGCACCUGGUAUGCCAACUUCAGUGAGUUAUCCAAGAUUUCUUCCAAGUCUUGCAUCUGCUGCAGCAGCUCCACUAUCAUCAGCGAGAGAGGAACUGCUUUUUAAUGAAACAUUUGAAGAGGGAGAAGAUUUCAUUCCAUCUCUUACGUCAAAGGCAGCUCAGUACGGUGGUGCUACGGUGAAGAGUCUCAGCAAAGACUUCGCCAACCAACGGAAGCAGAUGAACUCGAAUCCGCUAUACAACUGCAACGAUGGAAUCGGUGGAAAUGGAGAUCUCUUUAUACGAAAAACUGUCAACGCCACGAAUCAACACCAUCAAAUCACACGAUCGGACAUCUUCAGCACGGAAUCUUCCGUGUACGUUAUGAAAAAGUCCUGUAGUUUCGAAAUCGAAAUGGGAGGUCGUCGUAUAGCGCGAAAUUCGAAGAAAUUCGAACAAAACCUCCAGCGCUUUGAGCAGGAACGAAAGCAGUCGAACGAUCGGUUCCUUCAGCAACAGUUUGGAGGAACGUUGGAGAUGGAUUAUGUACCGCACAAACCACCGGUAGCUCACCGACGAUCGGCCAGUAUGAAGGGUCGUGGACGGGUACGCUCGAAGGAAAAGUUUAACACAAUCAUUGGACAGAUGACUAACUCUACCGGCCAGUGUGAUGAACCUGCGAUGAUUGGUGGCAAACUGAGGGACUUUGUAAAUCGAGAUUUUGUGAUGCCACCGAAGUCCACGGACAUGAUGUCUGUUUCGGUUGGCGGUGUGCGCCGUAGUGAUAUUGGCGAGGAAAAGUCUUUUGAAGUGUAUGUCGCCGAGAAGGGAGUUAGUGAGGAUGACAAUAUGGAUAGUUUGGAACUGCUGUCGAAGGCAAAGAGUGCCGCUUGCGUAGGGAAGGAGAACUCUACCGAUUCGCUUGAGGUUGUCGCACCAAAGGUUGAAGGUGUGACGGAGGUUGGAGUUGAAGCGUUGGAGUGUAUGGAAGCAACUGAAGAUGAUGAAAUAAACCAAGCAGAUGAGGCUAUCAUUGCUGAGGAAGCGCUAGAAUUGCCAAAGAAAAAUCUCACCCAGGGUGCAACGAGUGAGCUAGAAAAGCUGAUCGACCGAGGACUCCUCACAAGUGGCGAGUACAAUCGGUUCCUAGAUAUCGAGAAAAAGAUCGACAUCAUCAACAAGCUCGUAGAGCUGGAGGAGCGUAAACUCGAACAGGAACGUACGGCGAAAGAGUACCGUAUGCGCCCAUUUGAAUGUGAUCCCCGACAGAAAGGGUACGUGAAGAGUUUGACGGAAAACUUCGACCGCUUGGCGAAGGAUGCCCAGGAAGAGUUGGAAAAUGAGAAAAGCUGGUAUCUGGCAAAAGCUCGCAUGAAGCGCAACUUUAGCCUGCCGGAUGUGCUCGACUUUGGGGGGGAUUGUUGCUGUCGGCAUGGGAAGUGUUGUGAGCAGGAUGGUGAAGAGGGUGAAGAUUGUGCCUGCUGUGGGGAUGGAUGCGAUACGUACAAGCAGAAGGACGAAGAGGAACUGUCGGAAAAGGAUGAAAACUCGAUGGCGGCUGCUGUUGCGGCAGUAGCGGCAGCUGUCGCUGCCAUUGGGAUGUCGAGCAGUGAUGAAGGCGGUAAUCCCCGAAGCUUAAUCUCUGCGCAAGAUAGUGAAUCUUCGAUUAGACGUGCUUGUUCGCUUAGUGAUUUGAGUAUGGGAAAAGGCUACAAAUCUCCCAAUCAAUCGACAACUGGCAGUGGGCAGUACAAACCGUCGAUAAGCAACAGAAAUAUCAGCACGCCGACACGCAACCCACCCAAGCGCAGUACCUCGUCGGUCGGUAAGGGCGGUGCAUCACUGUCCUCGGGCAUGGGUGUCCGUAGUGUUUCGGUUGGAAUGCUUAACCAAGCGAGUGACUCCGAGGCGGAACCACCAAACACACGUGGAGGAUUGCUGAAGCCAACGAUUUCUUCACAGAACAAAAUCAACGGUACGGGCAAUGGGGCCGGUAAUGGCAGUGGAGGCAAAUAUAUUAACCCCCGCAGUGCUGCUGGCAUCAUUAACCGACGAAAGGGUCUGCAAAACGCUUAUAGUAGUGUGAACAUCUCUACCGCCGGUCAGGAUGAAUCGAGUUCGGAAGAAUCACCCACCAGUACGGCAAGCACGGUACCGACGAAACCGGCCGUCCCACCACGCCCGCGAAGUAUCGCCUUCGAACACAAGCGGAUAGCCAACGUGAACACUAGUCUUAUCAAUGUGAAGAAAACGGUUACCGUCGGCGGUACGACGACCAUUCCGCCCGAGUCAACAAAUGGUGGCAGCGGUGGCAAUAACAAUUCCACCAACAAUGGUGGCAUCAUGCCAUUGAAGGACGGUGAUUUGGACAAUGCAGACCUCACCAAUCAGCUUUGUACGAACAUUAUUAACCAGCUCGUACAGACGACCUCCACCGUUAUACAGCUUCACCAGCGGCUAAAGUCGAGCGAUGAGGCGAGCAUUAAUGGGCGCAGCAACAAUUCGCUGAUGCUUAAGGAGCUCGAAAAUGCCGUCAUCAUGACGCAAAACAUGCUCACCAAAGUCACCAAUCGCAAUCACAGCGAUGGUAUCAACAACAAUAGCAUGAGCAAUAACACAAACAAUCAAAUAAUGUACGAAAAGUGUGUCGACAUGCUGAACCAGGUGCAGAAGCACGUGAACAACAACGGCUAA